CUUAAUCCAGACCGUCUGGGCACUGAUCCAACUUUCGUCAUCUUCUCCAACCCUCGAUCUGUGACCGAUCUCCCCCCCCCCCUCAUUUUUAUUCUAUUCCAGACAGCCUCGCAUCUGACCUGUCUCCUACCGAUCUGCGCCCCCCUGAUCGUUGAUACCGCCUGAAUCCGGCAUCCUUUCCCUCUCUCCCUCACCUUAUACGCUCUCCACGUAACCCGUUGGCCACACCUCCCGGGUCACCACCACAAGCGCAACCAUGAUGCCCGACGAAGAACCCUCGCUUAACAUCCCCUCGCUACUCACCCUUGCGGUCGUCUCGUUCUUCGUUAUUCGAUGGUUCCUUAACCGGGAUGAGCCGGGCGCAGGAGGGAGUCGCUCUCGCGGGAACGGCGUCGAUCCGGCUCAGGUGGCGCAAAUCUCGCAGAUGUUCCCCCAGCUGGGGAUUCGUGACAUCGCGUGGGAUUUGCAGCGCAAUGGUGGGAAUGUUGCGGCUACCACGGAGAGGAUCUUGAUCGGUCGGGGCUUGGAAGUGCCCCCUCCCUCCUUCCAACCCCAAAUCAAUCUCCCCACCGGAACGACAGCACCACCGCCCCCCACCAGCGCGACAGCCCCGAAACCAAACGCCCAGGACCUGAUCUCCCGGUACAACCUGGCCGCAAAGGUCACCGGAGACAGCGCCGAGACCGCCUCGGCCGAGUCCAAGAAUGCGUGGUCGCAGAACAAGGACGAGCGCCAACGUCUGCUGCAAAAGCGCAGGGAUGACAUGAUCUUGGCUGCGCGGAAGAGGAUGAUGCAGAAGGUUGUGGAGACGGAUCAAUAAGCUUGUACGCUGUUAUAGUAGUACGUGCUUGGUUUGUCGGCAUUCUUUGCGUGGUUUUUCCUUGUUGCGCUGUGUUGUCAGAAUGAUACCUUUUCUUUUUUUUCCCUUUUCUUUUUAUUGUAUCUUCUUAUUCCUCUUCUUUUCUCUUCUCUUCUUUUUUCUUUACAUCUUCUCCUGGCAUGCCAUGUUGACCUCCCGAAGACUCCUGGUUCCCAACAUGCGAGCUCAUCUACCCGUUGAAAUACGCGGUGCUGCCAUCUGAGGGUUCCUCCUGGGCAUUUCUAGAAUGACUGUUCUCGCAUGCAUUCUUUUACUUUGUUCCACAUAUUUCGCCCCACCAUAUUCUCUCCUCUUACUUAUCUUGGUCUUUCUGCAACAGAGCGUCGCAUGUUUAUGGUGUUAGGUUUAAAUCAGAUUACCUGCGAUCGCAAUCGAUAACAUAGGGU